AUGGGUGAAGAAUCUGCUCAGCUUAACACAUUUGUCAUAGCUCCUUAUGACCGUAGAUACCGGGUGUGGCAAGUAUUUCUUGUGAUCUUAGUGGUAUACUCUGCAUGGUCAUCCCCAUUCGAGCUCGCAUUUAGAAAGGUGGCAAUGGGGUCAUUCCAGCCCGUUGACUUAGUGGUGGAUGCUUUCUUUGGUGUUGAUAUUAUCUUCACUUUCUUUGUAGCUUACUUGGACAAAUCCACCUAUUUGCUUGUGGAUGAUCACAAGAAAAUUGCUUUGAGGUAUGUUACACAUCUAGGUUUCUCGAUGGAUAUAGCUUCAACUAUACCCUUCCAAACCAUAUACGGCCUAAUCACCGGCAAAGUGCACCGUGGUCAGGUGUUCAGCUUUCUCAACCUGCUUCGACUAUGGCGACUCCAUCGAGUCAGUGCAUUCUUCUCCCGGCUAGAGAAGGACACUCGCUUCAGCUACUUCUGGACAAGAACCUUCAAGCUGAUAUGCGUGACUUUAUUUGCGGUGCACUCUGCCGGCUGCUUCUACUACUGGCUAGCAACACACUAUCAUGAUUCAUACAAUACAUGGAUUGGAUUUAAGGUUCAAGAUUUCAAAGAUAGAAGUGUGUGGUUUGGUUACACUUACUCUGUCUAUUGGUCCCUUGUCACUCUCACUACAGUUGGCUAUGGAGAUUUGUGUGCCCGUAAUAAUGUAGAGAAGGUCUUCACCAUUUUCUACAUGCUCUUCAACAUUGGCCUCAUAGCUUACUUGAUUGGAAAUAUGACCAAUCUCAUUGUCCACAGUGCAGUGAGAACUUUUGCCAUGAGAGAUGCCAUCAACAAUAUACUGCGAUACGCGAGCAAGAAUCGACUCCCAGAAGGGCUGAAAGAACAAAUGCUGGCCCAUAUGACACUGAAAUUUAAGACAGCAGAGUUACAGCAAGAAGUGCUGGAAGAUCUGCCAAAGGCUAUAAGAUCUGCCAUUGCUCAGCACCUGUUUUGUUCAACUCUUGAAAACACUUACCUCUUCAAGGGUGUAUCUAAGGACUUCAUUCUUCAGUUGGUAUCUGAACUAAAAGCGGAAUACUUUCCACCCAAAGUUGAUAUCAUUAUCCAAAACGAAAUACCAACGGAUUUCUAUGUCAUUGUAUCUGGUGCAGUGGAUGUUUUAGCAUACAAAAACGGAACAGAACAGUUCCUGUCGAAACUGGGACCUCCAGAAAUGGCUGGGGAACUGGGAGUGAUAUUUAAUAUCCCGCAGCCAUUCACAGUGCGAAGCAAGAGGCUUUCUCAGGUCAUCCGCAUCAGUCAUCAUCAUUUCGAGCAGUUGCUGCAGCCUCUUAGUGACGACGGGAAGAAAAUUCUUUCCAAUUUUCGUCAGCAUUUGAGGGGACUACGAAAAGAGGAGUGGGAAGAGAUACCUAUGGUAACAGAGUUUCUGGGAGAUACAAACAAUAACGAGUGCACCGUUAAAAAGGGAGAAAGCAAAGAAGGACAAAACCAACAAGAAAACAGUAAGCUAACUAGAACAUUUCCAACAAGAGUGAUAAUACACGGGCAUCAUCCACACGACGAACUAAAAGAAGAACAUAGAGGUAAGCUGGUCCACCUUCCCGAAUCAAUUCAAGAGCUUUUUAGUAUUGCAGAAAAAAGGAUUGGGAAGAGAGGAACUAAAGUUCUUAUGGCUAAUGGCUCCGAGGUGGAAGAUAUAGGUGCUUUACGAGAAAAUGAUCAUUUGUAUAUUUGUUGA